AUGUCCCACCAGAAGGAGGCCUUGGGUAAGACUCAGGACACGCUGGAGAACUCCAGCCAGUGGCGCCUUUGCCACAGAGGCACUCUGAAACAGCGCGCUCCACGCUGUCUGCUCAUCCAGGGACGUUCCUCAUCGGAGCAGCCGGAAAAGAUGCUCUGUGGUCGCACGCGGCGCGAACAAGGACUCGGUCCCGUGGCGCUUCUUCUGCUGCUGGGCAGCUACGGCGUGUCUGCCACUGAGACAACAGACUAUAGUGACGCAGACACUCUCCCGGACACGUACCCGUCUGCACCAGCGGAGCCUCUACCCGAAUUCCUGCUUGAACCUGAAGAUGCUUUUAUUGUGAAAAACCGUCCUGUCCAAAUGAGGUGUAGGGCGUCACCAGCCACACAGAUCUACUUCAAAUGUAACGGAGAAUGGGUCAAUCAAAAUGACCAUGUGACCAGGGAGAGCGUGGACCAAGUCACAGGGUUGGUGGUGAGGGAGGUGGAUAUUUCGGUGUCCAGGACUCAGGUGGAGGAGUUGUUUGGGUUGGAGGAUUACUGGUGCCAGUGUGUGGCAUGGAGCUCAGCCGGCACCACAAAGAGCAACCGUGCCUAUGUCCGUAUAGCAUACCUGAGGAAGAACUUUGAACAGGAGCCGUUGGGGAGAGAGGUGCGAUUGGAACAGGAGGUUCUGCUGCAGUGUCGCCCCCCAGAGGGUAUGCCCGCCGCUGAGGUCGAUUGGUUGAAGAAUGAAGACACCAUUGAUCCCUCGCAGGAUCCUAAUUUCCUAAUUACCAUAGACCAUGAUCUGAUUAUCAAGCAGGCCCGGCUCUCUGACACAGCCAACUACACAUGUGUGGCGAGGAAUGUGGUAGCCAAGCGACGCAGCAGCACAGCAACACUUAUCGUAUAUGUGAGUGGAGGUUGGUCAUCAUGGACUGAGUGGUCAGAGUGUAAUGCCCGGUGUGGCCAGGGGUGGCAGCGACGCACACGCAGCUGCACCAAUCCCACACCUCUGAAUGGUGGAGCUUUCUGUGACGGUCCACCUGUCCAGAGGGUCACCUGCACCACUCUAUGUCCAGUGGACGGAGGCUGGACAGAGUGGGCAAAGUGGUCUGCCUGUGGGACAGAGUGCACCCAUUGGCGCAGUCGUGAGUGUCAGGCCCCCCCACCCAAAAACGGGGGGAAGCACUGUAGCGGCAGCAUGAUGGAGAGCAAGAACUGCACUGAGGGGCUGUGUGCACGCAAUAAAAAGGUUUCUAUUGAACAUGCAAGCCAUCCCCUGGCCCCUGGUAUGGGUGUCGCGGUGUACGCCGGUCUGAUGGGUGCCCUCCUCUUGUGUGUGAUCCUGGUGCUCUGUGUGGGAGUGCUUGCGUACCGCCGCAGAUGCCGUCACCUUCACGCUGACAUCACAGACUCCUCUUCAGCUCUCACAGCCGCGUUCCAUCCUGGCAACUACAAGCCCCCGCGUCAGGAUAACAGCCACCCCCUCCACCCAUCGGCUCCUCCCGAUUUGACGGCAACUGCGGGACAUUUCCGCGGACCGCUUUUCUCUUUGCAGCAUGGAGUUAACGAUAGCCCGCACAAAAUCCCAAUGACAAAUUCGCCCUUGCUGGAUCCACUUUGCCCCAGUCUCAAGAUAAAGGUGUACAAUUCGUCUACUCUGUCCUCACUGGAGCUGCCACCGGGGGGCGAUGGAGAGAUACUCAGUCUGAAGUCUGUCGGGACAGUGGGGCGGGACAGGGACAUCCACAGCCAUACACUGUCCAGAGAGCCAGGCCUGAGUACGAGUGCAACGCUUGGGCAUCUGGGAGGCCGCCUCACCAUCCCAAAUACUGGUGUGAGUCUGCUUGUCCCUCCUGGCACUAUCCCUCAGGGGAAGUUUUACGAAAUGUACCUCAUCAUCAACAAAUGGGACAAAACCACGCUUCCCUCGGAGGGUAGCCAGACAGUUCUUAGUCCUGUUGUGAGCUGUGGUCCUUCUGGGAUGCUGCUAAACAGACCUGUGGUGCUAACUCUACCCCAUUGUGCCCAACUGGAUACCCCCACCCCAGACUGGACCCUUACACUGAAAACACAGACCCACCAGGGUGCAUGGGAGGAGGUGCUAACAGUAGGAGAAGAGACACUAUCCUCUCCGUGUUACCUGCAGUUAGAAGAGGAGAGCUGUCAUGUCCUCAUGGAGCAGUUGGGGACAUAUGGGUUGGUGGGACAGUCUUGCCCCCCUCAGCCCGCGUGUAAGAGGCUGCAGUUGGCUUUGUUUGCACCCCGAGCCCCCUGCCUCUCUCUGGACUACAGCCUAAGGGUCUACUGCAUUCAUGAUACGCCACAUGCACUAAAGGAGGUGCUGGACCUUGAGAGGAGCCUGGGCGGAGUUUUGCUAGAGGAUCCUAAGCCAUUGCUUUUCAAAGACAGUUACCACAACCUCCGCCUCUCCAUACACGACAUACCACACACACAUUGGAGAAGCAAACUACUGGCUAAGUACCAGGAAAUACCAUUUUAUCACAUUUGGAGCGGCAGCCAGCGGCCUCUGCAUUGUACCUUCAGUUUGGAGAGGGGCAGCCUGGCCGUGUCGCAGCUCACCUGUAAAAUCUGUGUCAGACAAGUGGAGGGAGAGGGACAAAUAUUCCAGCUACUCACAGACAUUCAGGAGACUCUACCUCCACACUCGCCGCUCCCCUCUGCAGGAGCCUGUCUGCCUUCUUCUCAAGUGGGACCUUAUGCCUUUCGUCUGCCCGACUCCAUCCGACACAAGAUCUGUGCCAGUCUGGACGCACCCAGCGCCCGUGGUUGUGACUGGAGACUACUCGCUCGGAGCCUGGGCUUUGACAGGUACUUGAACUACUUUGCCACAAAGCCGAGCCCCACAGGUGUGCUCCUGGACCUGUGGGAGGCCUGUCACCAGGGUGAUGCGGACCUGGUCUCUUUGGCAUCUGCGCUCGAAGAGAUGGGCAAAAGUGAGGUCCUGGUCGUCAUGACAACGGACGGAGACUGCUGAUUGGUUAAGGAACGGGGGAACGAGCAAGACGAUGAAAAUGAACCUGCUGCCUAAGAAUAUGCACACAACAGGAAUGACAAGCCCACCAUUUUUGUCACUUCAUUUGAGUUGCCGCUGCCUCAUCUUCUUCACUGGCCCCUCAUCAGCCACUGUUGCUGUAUCUCCGCCAUAACCCAUCCCCAAAUGGGCCAUUCAAAAGUAACUAAAACUCACUUCUGCUUGAAUGCACCAAUCAGUGUUGC